AUGCUUGAAAUCAAAAAACCUCCAACUAAUAAAGAACCCAACGCGCUUACCAAAAUGAUGGACAAUUCUGAAAAACACCAUAUUCUUGAGGACCUUUUAAGAAAUAAAACACUUAACAACGUCCAUGGACAACCAGAAGCUGAAGAGGCCAACGAUGGCGCCGGUGAUCUUUCUUCUGAUAUGUUAGAAGCUGUGGAUGCCAACCAUGACGCUGGAGAUGCUCCUUCUGAUGCUGAUACGGUUGAAUAUAACCACGAAGAUGUUCCUUCUGAUGCUGAUACGGUGGAAUAUAACCACGAAGAUGUUCCUUCUACUGCUGCUACAGUAGAAGUUAACCACGAAGAUGUUUUUUCUGCUGCUGAGACAGUAGCACAUGAUGGCGAAGAUGCUGCUUCUGAUGCUGAUACAGUAGAGUAUGAGUCCGAAGUUCCUUUUGCUACUGAUACGGUAGAACAUGAUGGCAAAGAUGCUCCUUUAUCUUAUCCUACAGGUCCUCCUUUACCCAAUGCCUACUCUCAUCCUGAAGGUCCUCCUUUCGACAAGUCCAAAUUAUUAAAUGCCUGGAUGGUGCAUCGCCCCAUCGGUCCCGGCUUGGUAAACGGUGACAACACGUGUUUCAUGAAUUCUGUAUUAGCGUCCUUAACCUAUACACCAGCACUCACGCAAUAUUUACUUGCAACCAACCAUUAUGACACUUGUAGCGCCAAAGGAUUCUGUGCUCUUUGUGCCCUGCAAAAACAUGUCCAUCGGUGCUUCAGAGAUCCUAUGAGUUACCAACCAGGAGCUGCUUUUUACCCUAAAGAGUUUGCGGAAAACUUGACAUCUAUUAACAGCCAAUUGACUCUGGGCCGCCAAGAAGACGCUCAUGAAUUUUACAUGCAUUUACUCUCUUCGAUCCAAAAGGCAUCCGUUCAUGGCUUGGGAAAAUUACCUCCCCACAUUGUGAACACUGAUUUUAUCUAUCAAGUCUUUGGUGGCAAACUACAAUCUCAGGUCAAAUGUUGUAGCUGUCAAGGAACUUCCAACACUUACCAAGAUUAUUUAGAUCUAAGUGUUGACUUGAAUUUUUCUCUCCACUUGAGACAAACUCUUGCAGACUUUAUCAGACCGGAGGUCCUUGGUGAAGACCCCUUAAACAGAUACAAAUGUCCUUCAUGUAACCAAGAGACCCAGGCGGAAAAGCGAAUGACUAUUUCUGAACUUCCCCUCAUGUUAACGGUGCAUUUGAAACGUUUCGCGUAUGACCUCAAGCGGCAAAAGAUGAUCAAACUCAAUCAGCGUAUUGGCUUUGAUGAGGUUUUGGAUAUGGCGCCCUAUGUUUGCAAGGAAAAGAAGAUCGAAGAAGCCAAGUAUGAGCUCUAUGCGGUGUUGGUGCAUUCGGGUCCACGUUGUGAUUAUGGUCACUACUAUACUUAUGUCAAAUCUUCCAAUGACGACGGAUGGUAUUGCAUGGAUGAUGAUAUCGUCCGUCCUGCUUCUCAAGAGGAAAUGAAGACCUCUAAAGCGUACAUGCUAUUCUACCGUCAACACACUCUUGUGCCAUCUGCUGAACCACCUGUGGCAGAUCCUGCAUCUCUUCCUCAUGGCAAGAAACGGUCCGUGGAUACGCUGUUGGAGGAUGAACAAGAAGAAGUAACGUCCAACAAGAAACAGAAGCAAGCAUCUGCAGGGGCUUCAUCAGGUAAAACAACAAUGAGACCGCCCUCUCCUCCACAGGGCAAAAAGCGACCCCUGGAUGAUCAACCAGAAGAUGAUCAAGAACCUCCUACAGUCCCGUCACUCAAGAGACUCAAGACAAAUGUUGGCCCCCUUCUUCCGCCAGAUCAAGAGGAUCCAGCACCUCCUAAAGGUCUUCCUUCACUCAAGAGACAAAUGUGCCAAGUUGGAUCCCUUUUUGCGACUUCACCCGAAGUCCCGGCCUCUUUACCCAACAACGCCGGCUCGCCCAGUGGGCCACUUAUUCCGGUUCUACCAAAAUACGAUGUACCUGUACGCAAAUUCAAGAAAACUAUCCCAUCCAAGUCCUGUCUCAAACGUACGACCUCUCCCAAGGACGGAGCCGAUACCGAGCAGAAGCAAGAUCGACAUGUCCAAUUUAAUCCUGUUAUUGAUUACCAAGACUUUUCUGAUUGCAAUUGGAUCAUUAACCGUCCUGAGGACUUGGAAGAGUCUGACUCCCUUACUCCUGAAGACCUUGGCUGGAUAGAAGGACCUCAAGGCUGGAUGCCCAUAGAUCAAGUACUCAUAACCUGCGUAAACAAAGCCGUUCAAACAGACCUGGUGGAAAAAAGACAAAACCGUUGCAAGCGCUUGAAAAGAAUAGAAAGAACCUGUCGCGCUCGAGUGGAAAGAAGAAGAAAACGCUUUGAAAGAAUAGAAAAAACCCAUCGUGAUCGAGGACAAACGAGAAGAAGACGCAUGGAAAAACGAAAUACGGGUUGGAUUGAGAAAUCCAUCGAGGACUAUGAACCACCUAAAGACUAA